CAGAAUGACAGCAGUGCGAGCAGAAUAAAUGCUCGCGUACCGGAGCGGCAGGAGAGCAGAGCUUCUCAUGCGCUGCGUGUUUAUACAGCUCAGACAUGCCACGCGUCUUCUGAGUGGGACAUCAGGAGAAAAGUCUGCACCUUCCAUCGGAAUAUUGCCAAGGGGAUAACCACAGUAUUUGAGGCGAUACUUACAGCCUUUCAAAGUGGAGACAUCUGACGCACAGCAAGACACAAUGCAGGAAUCUGAGCCUAGCGUGUGUCAGCUGCAGCCCAACAUCAUCUCAGUGCGCCUCUUCAAACGAAAGAUCGGUGGGCUGGGCUUUCUGGUCAAACAACGUGUGUGCAAGCCCCCCGUCAUCGUUUCUGACCUCAUCCGGGGCGGGGCGGCGGAGGAAUGUGGGCUGGUCCAAGUCGGCGACAUCGUCCUGGCCGUAAACAACAAGCCUUUGGUGGACCUGAGCUACGAACGUGCGCUUGAGACCCUGAAGAACGUGUCGCCUGAGAGCCACGCCGUCCUCAUCCUCCGUGGGCCCGAGGGCUUCACAACUCACCUGGAGACCACGCUGAGCAGUGACGGGAAACCCAAAACGAUUCGCGUCACCAGGCCCGUCAACCCCGCUCAGGGCAAGCCGUGCGAACGAUGUUUGCCCGUCAGCCCCAACAUGACCAAAGAGCUCAGGGCCAUAGAGAACCUGUCCUCUUCUUCUACUACCAGGAAAGACCCACGGGAGAGCAAACCCCUGAUUCCUCUGCUCACCCAGGACUCUUUGCUCAGAGAAGGAGGCCAUUCGGGCCUUCUCCUCAACGGGGUGGAAGAGAACAACGACCUGCUGAAGGAGAUCGAGCCAGUGCUGAAGCUCAUCAAGAACAGCAAAAAAGAGAUCAAUGGAGAAGGUCAGAGAGUCGUGGAGAGGAAGGAUGUCGAAGUGCAGGUGGAUAGAGACCUUGGUGUGGGAAAUGGACAGAAUGCCCAGCUGGCGUCGGAUAACGACAGAGUGUUUGAUGACCUCUGGAGAAAGGACAACAUGCCUACAGUGCUUAACAACCCCUACUCAGAGAGUGACAAGCCGGAGUCCCAUGGGAGAGUUUCCCCCACUAAGACUGUGCAGAAUGGAAGUCCCACUAAAUGUCCCAGAUUCAUGAAAGUGAAGAACUGGGAAACUGGAGCUUUAUACAAUGAUACUCUACAUCUUAGCUCCAGCAAGGUGCAACCGAUCUGCACUGAGAGUGUUUGCAUAGGCUCUGUUAUGGUGCCAAACCAGCACAGUCGCAAACCAGAUGAAGUCCAAAGUAAAGAGGAACUGCUGCCGCUUGCAACAGAUUUUAUUGACCAGUACUACACAUCAAUCAAAAGAUGUGGCUCAAAGGCCCAUGUUGACCGGCUAGAAGAGGUUAAAAAAGAGAUUGAAACUUCUGGAACAUAUCAGUUAAAGGACACAGAGCUGAUCUAUGGGGCCAAACAUGCAUGGAGAAAUGCAGCUCGCUGUGUGGGACGAAUCCAGUGGUCCAAACUACAGGUGUUCGAUGCUCGAGACUGCACAACCGCUCACGGAAUGUUUAAUUACAUCUGCAACCAUAUCAAAUACGCCACCAACAAAGGGAACCUCAGAUCGGCUAUUACCAUCUUCCCCCAGAGGACAGACGCGAAGCAUGACUUCCGGGUGUGGAACAGCCAGUUGAUCCGGUAUGCAGGCUACAAGCAGCCUGAUGGAUCAAUUCACGGAGAUCCAGCUUCGGUGGAGCUUACAGAGAUCUGUAUACAGCAAGGAUGGAAAGCUCCAAAAGGCCGUUUUGACGUUUUGCCCCUUCUUCUCCAAGCCAAUGGGAAUGAUCCUGAGCUUUUUGAGAUCCCUGAUGAUCUUGUACUUGAGGUUCCCAUCAUACAUCCAAAGUUCGAUUGGUUUAAGGAGCUGAAUCUAAAAUGGUACGGCCUUCCUGCUGUGUCUAACAUGCUGUUAGAGAUCGGAGGACUUGAGUUCACCGCCUGCCCCUUCAGCGGCUGGUACAUGGGGACCGAAAUCGGUGUCAGAGAUUUCUGCGACAGCUCUCGAUACAACAUACUUGAGGAAGUAGCUACAAUGAUGGGCCUGGACACGAGGAAGACUUCGUCCCUGUGGAAAGACCAGGCACUGGUGGAGAUCAACAUCGCAGUGCUUUAUAGUUACCAGAUGUCAAAGGUUACCAUAGUAGACCAUCACUCAGCCACCGAGUCCUUCAUGAAGCACAUGGAGAAUGAGUACAGAGUGAGGGGAGGCUGCCCAGGUGACUGGGUUUGGAUAGUGCCGCCCAUGUCAGGCAGCAUUACACCUGUUUUCCAUCAGGAAAUGCUCAACUAUCGCCUCACACCUUCGUUUGAGUACCAGGCUGACCCAUGGAACACUCAUGUGUGGAAAGGGGUGAAUGGGACGCCCACAAAGAAAAGAGCGAUUGGAUUCAAGAAACUUGCCAAGGCUGUGAAAUUCUCCGCCAAACUCAUGGGACAGGCCAUGGCUAAGAGAGUCAAAGCCACCAUCUUGUUCGCCACAGAAACCGGGAAGUCGCAGGAGUAUGCAAAAACGCUCUGUGAGAUUUUCAAGCAUGCGUUUGAUGCCAAGGUGACAUCCAUGGAUGAAUAUGACACGGUCGACUUGGAACACGAGACGCUUGUGUUAGUGGUGACAAGUACGUUCGGCAAUGGGGACCCUCCUGAAAAUGGAGAGAAAUUUGGUGCCGCACUGAUGGAGAUGAGACAUCCCACCACCAGCGUAGAGGACAGAAAGACAUACAAGGUGCGUUUUAACAGCGUCUCUUCAUAUUCUGACACCCGCAAAUCCUCCAGUGACGAGCCUGAAUCUAAAGCCAACUUUGAGAGCACCGGACCAUUUGCUAAUGUCAGAUUCUCUGUGUUUGGCCUUGGCUCCCGGGCAUACCCACACUUCUGUGCGUUUGCCCACGCAGUGGACACGCUGUUCGAAGAGCUUGGUGGGGAACGAAUCCUGCGCAUGGGAGAGGGAGAUGAACUAUGCGGCCAGGAGGAAUCCUUUAGAACAUGGGCCAAGAAGGUCUUCAAGGCUGCAUGUGACGUUUUCUGUGUCGGCGAUGAUGUUAAUAUUGAGAAAGCCAACGAUUCCUUGAUCAGCAAUGAUCGCAGUUGGAAGAAAAGCAAGUUCCGGAUGACAUACACGGCGGAGGCACCGACUCUAACGCAAGCGCUUUACAGCAUCCAUAAGAAGAAAGUUUACGGGGCCAAAUUUCUGAUGAGACAGAACCUACAAAGUGCCAGAUCAAACCGAUUGACUAUAUUUGUGCGCCUUGAUGCAAACAACCACGAGACCCUGAAAUACUUGCCUGGUGACCAUUUAGGCGUUUACCCUGGCAACAACGAACUUCUAGUUACGACUCUCAUUGAGAAACUGGAGGACGCACCACCUGUCAAUCAAAUUGUGAAAGUGGAGUUUCUGGAAGAAAGAAACACAGCAUUGGGUGUGAUUAGCAACUGGACAGACGAGAGUCGUAUCCCGCCCUGUACCAUCUAUCAGGCUUUCAAAUACUUCCUGGACAUAAGCACCCCUCCAAGUCCACUACUACUGCAACAGUUUGCUCCUCUCGCGACGAAUGAGAAACAGAGAAAGAGACUAGAGGUCCUCAGCAAGGGUUUGCAGGAGUAUGAGGAGUGGAAGUGGUACAAUAACCCCACCAUAGUGGAGGUGUUGGAGGAGUUCCCAUCCCUCCAGAUCCCCUCCACCCUACUCUUGACCCAGCUACCCCUCUUACAGCCACGAUACUACUCCAUCAGCUCCUCUCCAGACCUCCAUCCAGGAGAGAUACACCUCACUGUGGCGGUGGUGUCCUAUCGACCCAAAGAUGGAGAAGGUCCAGUGCACCAUGGAGUGUGCUCCUCCUGGCUCAAUAGCUUGGAAGAAGGCGAUACGGUGCCCUGCUUUGUCAGAGGGGCUCCAACAUUCCGUAUGCCAAAAGACAACCAGGUUCCAUGUAUUCUGAUUGGUCCAGGAACUGGAAUCGCUCCAUUCAGAAGCUUCUGGCAACAGAGACUGUAUGAUAUUGAAAACAAGGGAAUCAAGGCAUGCCCCAUGAUCUUGGUUUUCGGUUGUCGGCAGUCACAGAUUGACCACAUUUACAAGGAAGAGACCAUCCAGGCGAAGAACAAGGAAGUGUUUAAAGAGCUUUACACCGCAUACUCGAGAGAGCCUGGGAGACCAAAGAAAUACGUCCAGGAUGUGCUUCGCGAGCAGUUGUCUGAAACAGUGUACAAGUAUCUGAGAGAAGAAGGAGGACACAUUUACGUCUGUGGAGACGUCACCAUGGCUGGAGACGUACUGAAAACAGUCCAGCAGAUCUUUAAACUGCAUGGAAACAUGUCUCUGGAAGAUGCCGGGUUCUAUAUCAGCAAACUAAGGGAUGAGAAUCGAUACCACGAGGACAUUUUCGGUGUUACCCUGCGCACUUACGAGGUCACCAACCGUCUAAGGUCGGAGUCUAUUGCGUACAUCGAAGAGAGCAAGAAAGACACGGAUGAGGUGUUUUGCUCAUAGUCGCAUUUUCCAUCCAUAUCGCUGGUUUUUGCUCAUGCAUCAGCCAACCAGAAGCAUGAUGGGACACCAACCAUGAUUCGCGAAAACUGUGCCAAGUUUGUCUGUCAAAAAAAUAUUCUUUUCUUUUUUUAAAAAUGGGAUAUUUCUUUUCUUUGCUGGGUCUUGUUUGAUGUGCAUCUCUAUGAUCAAAAUCUGCAUUAAUACAAGUACCUUUCACUUGAAUUUCUGAAUGCACUUUUUUAUGUGUCUUUAUGCUUUGUCCUGACUAAUGGGCUGCGUGCACUUAGACAUGGCCUGCCUUUUUUAAUGUGUAAGCAAGAUCAGUGGCUUUCCUCAUGUGCAACAUACGUAGAUAAUUGACUUUAAUAUUAAGAGAUGGGAAGGUUUUAGUUUGGUUAGUAAGUCUUGGGGUUAUUUUGCACGUUUUGAUGAAAGACCAAGUCUCUAUUCGUAUGCUAAUAUGUACAAAAGGUGAGUCAGUUUAAAAGAACCAAACAUGGACCCCUUUAAGUGGACCAAGAAAUAAACUGAGUGAAAAAGCACCUGGUUUUAUUUGCCAUUCACACUGUCCUUGGCCUUAAAAAUGGGUCCAGGUCUCAUUUUGGUCCAUUUUAAUUUUCAGUCUGGUUGUGAAAGUGUCACAACCAACCAUUAUAUUAAAUAUACUGUUAACUAUUCUUCUUCCUCUUUCUUUUCUCCUUCCUCACCUUCAUAGUAAUAUCUUAUAUUCAGUUUAUUCCAAUAAUAAUAAUAAAAAUAAUAUUAAUUAUUAUUAUUAUUAUUAUUAUUGUUGUUGUUACUGAUAAAAUGAUUAAUAAUAAUAAUAAUUAUUAUUAUUAUUAUUAUUAUUAAGUAUUGUUAUUAUAUAAAAUAAAAUGUCAAAAAUAAAAACCCAAAAUCAAACAAACUGUUAAAACCACUAUGUUAGACAUGAAUUUGAAAAGAUUAUUUUAUGGACGACUAAAAAUGAAUUGACAAGUGUCAGCAUGUCUGGGUGGAAGACGAGUUAGACCUGUACAAAACCACGCUCUGUAUAUUAUCGCUUCUAAAUGAAUCACGCUGCUAACUGACGGCACACUGUUACCAUGCAUCUGAACGUGCUGAAGAGUUGUAAAAUGUGGUUAGAUAUACCCUGACGUAGUAAAUAUCUGUCUUGUUAACAACUAGCCCUCAAUAUAGAAUGAAUUAUAAUGGAAUUUUAAAAAAUAAUUUGUUCUUUUUAUUAUUAUUUUCUGAAAGACUAUCUAAAAAAACAUACUUUUGAAAUUAAUUUAGUGAAUAAAAACAUGAUUGUGGAUUUUAAAGCAACUGUAUGUAAGUGUUUUUACCUUGAAAUAUCGGCUUCUAAAUCAUUCUGUUCAUUCUCCCCCCCCCAACGACUGUUUUGUAUGGAAACCAGUUUCUACUGUGUUUAAUCUUAUAAUUCAGACUUUUUCUUGCAAUUCUGGAAGAAAAAAAGGAGAUAUGAACUUAGUAUUCAGGGUUUGUUUUUGUUUUGUUUUUUUAUUCCAAGUGUACAUCACAAUUCUUAGUUUAUAUCUCGCAAUUCUGCAUUCGCAAUUUUUUUCCUCAGAAUUCUGUUGCUAGUUUACCUUAUAUAUCACAAUUUUGUGUUUUUUUUAUGCAUUUGCAUUUUGAUCAGUUUAAUACAUCCUUGCUGAAUAAAAUUCUUUCUUUCCCAAAUUUUUUAAAUAGUAUUGUAAUUCUUGAAAAAAAAAAAAAUUAAGUGCAUCAAUUCAAUAAAUAAAAAUAGUGAAUUAUGAACAUAAGUUGUGGAAUAUGUUGUAUUUUUUUAAUUCCAAGUUUUCAUCACAAUUAUUAGUUUAUAUCUCGCAAUUCUGCACUUUUUUUUUAAUUUUGAAUUUUUCUCAAUUCUAAGAUUAUAUAUCACAAUUUUGCAUUUUAUCUCAGAAUUCCGAGCUUACAUGAGUUUAUAAUUUGUCAUUCUGCCAUUUUUUUCUCAGAAUUCUGAGUUUACAUGUUAAAUUUCUAGAUUUAAAUUGAUUUGGAUUUAAAGAAUAAAAAUAAAAAAGGUUGUGACUUUUUAUUAUUUCACACUUUUUUUUUGGCCCCUGUGAGUUUAUAUCUCGAAAUUGCAAAUUAUAAACUUGCAAUUCUAAGAAAAAGAAAAAAAAAAAAAUUGUGAGACACAAACUCAAAAUUGAGAUAAAGUCCUAGUUAGCAGUUUACAUCACAAUUCUUAGUUUAUAUCUCAUAUUUAUGCAGAUUAUAUUGCAAUGUUGCAUCUUAUCAUGCAUUUGCAUUUUUAUCAGUUUUAUACAUCCUUGCUUAAUAAAAGUAUGUAUUUCUUUCUUUCAGUGAUUAAAAAUAUUACUAAACCCAAACUUUUACUAGUUACAGUAUUGUAAAUCUUGAAAAAGUUAAGUACAUCAACUCAAUAAAUAAAUAUAGUGAAUUAUGAGCAUAUAUAAGUUAUGGGAUAUAUCUUUUUUUUUUAAAUUCCAAGUUAACAUCACAAGUCUUAGUUAUAUCUCACAAUGUUUUUUUCACAUAAUUCUGAGUUUACCCUUUACAUUAUUAGUUUAAUACAUUGUUGCUUCCUAAUACAUUCAGAUCUUAAAAAAAAAAAUAAAAAAAAUUAAGUACAUCAACUUAAUAAAUAAAUCUCAGAAUUCUGAGUUUACAUGAGUUUUACUGAGUUUAUUAGUAAUUCUGGUUUUGUAAUUCUUUCUUUUUUUAUGCCAUAUAAUAAAAAUAAAAAAGAUUGCAGCUUAUUAUUUUUGAGUUUAUAUCUCGCCAAUUGCAAAUUAUAAUCUUGCAGUUCUGAGGGGAAAAAGUGAAUUGUGAGAUAUAAACUCAAAAUAGAAAUUUUGUUACAUUUAACAUCAUAAUUUGUAGUUAAUAUCUUGCAAUUAGAGUAGACGUCUCACAGUUUUGACCUUUUCUCACAAUUGUGAAAUUAUAUAUUACAACUUGGCGUUUUUAUCAGUUUAUUACAUCCUUGCUAAAUUAAAUUAUUUCUUUAUUUCAGUGAUAAAAAUAUUACUGAAACCAAACUUUUAUUGUAAAUCUUGAAAACUCAACUCAAGUACAUCAACUCAAUCUGUUUUUUUUAACAUCAAGUUAACAUCACAAUUCUUAGUUUAUAUCUCGCAAUUUGCUUUUUUUCUCAGAAUUCUGAGUUCGUCUCACAAUUUUGACUUUCUUACAAUUCUGAGAUUAUAUAUUGCAAGUUUGCAUUAUAUAUCACAAUUCUGAGUUUACAUGAUUUUACAGAGUUUAUAAUUUGUAAUUCUGCCCUUUUUUCUCAUAAUUCUGAGCUUUCCCUUUUGCAGUUCUGUCUUUUUUUACUGCCACAGAAUAAGAAUAAAAAAGGUUUUGACUCUUUAUUAUUUCACACACUUUUUUUCCUCAGCAUUGCGAGUUUAUGUUCCGCAAUUGCAAAUUAUAAACUUGCAAUUCUGAAUUUAAAAAAAAAACGAAUUUUGAGAUAUAAACUUAAAAUUGAGACCACAUUUUACAUCUGUAAGGAGCUCCAAAGCUGCAAAAUUACACAAAACUACAUACAGUGGCUUUAAGAUUGAUCAAACUAAGAUGAGACCACCUUUUAAUAUCUUACAAUAUGCAUUUAUCUCAAGCUAACUAUAAGAAAAGACUUUUCAGUAGAGAAAAAUCUCUCUAGUCUGGUUCUUUUAUGAAACAUCCUUGAAAUGCUGAUGAAAAUGGUAGAGGUGAUGCACUUGCUUUGCUUUAUUAUAUUUUCUCUAUAUCCCUUUUUCCCUGUUUCUCUGAGACAUGGCUGUGAUGACCCUUCUCUUUGACCCCAAACGGAGACCUGGAUCUCUUCUUUAGAUCGAAGAUCAACCGUUGUAGUUGUUGUUUCGUAUUAAAGGGUAAACGCGGCGCAUAGUUCAUUUUUGCAUGCAAUGCCUUUUCGAUGGCUUUGAAAGGACAGUUUUCCGGCAACGAAUCCUUUAAGAAAAGUCACUGUUUUGCUUUCUGAAAUGUAUGUUCGGUUAGAUCCUAGCUUGCUUUGAAAACUUUUGAGUUAUGAGCGGCCUCCGGCAUGAAAAAUAUUACAUGAGGUAAUUUGAUUUUGAGGGACUUUGCUUUCUGUUGUCUUUCUGUGGGAGAAUAUUCUUGUUCUAUGUACGCUGUUAACACUGAAUGUUUCCCUUCCCACAUUUGGGUUUUGCACCGUUUAAACUCUGUGAUUACAAAAAGUUGGGCAAAAAAGAAUCACACACAUGCAUAUAUUCAAAUCAGUAAAUAUAUAAUAUGUAUGAAAAUUUUUUAAGAAUGUAUUUUGAUUAUGGGUAUUGAUUUGGUUUUGUCCCUCUGAGUUGCUUGUAAUAUAUGACGUGACUAUGAUGUCUAAUUAAUUUGGAGGAAGCAUUAUUCUGAAUGCAUGAUGUUACCGUCCUGUUUUUCUCUUAACCUGCACUGUGUCUGUUUAACUGUCGUGGUCGCGUCCUUCCUCUGUGACUGGACGGAGAAGAAGCUUACGGGGUUUUCUUUUCUCUUUUUGUGUUUGUUCUUUGCUGCUGCUAAAAGAAACUGUUCCAAUCAAUUUCCGCUGUGAAUCUUCUCUUGUGGAACUUCGAACAUUGAAACAUUUGCCAUUUUAAUGCAUAUACUGCAAGAACUUUGCAUCUACUUAUUAAUAAAAACAUUUGUAUGUCAA